AUGCCUGCUAUCGGGGUUAUUUAUCCUCCUCCGGAGGUGAGAAGUAUCUUUGAUAGUUAUUCUAUAUGAUAUUGAUUGUAAUUGUCAGUCUCUUCGUCUUUGUCCAUACAGCACAUUGGUCUUUGCAUUAUUCAAUUCACUGCUGGUGAUUGCAAAUGAACCUGCAUAUUUCUUCACUACAAACGUAGCGGUUGAUUCCUGUGUAGCAGCUGUGUGUCGAUCUAGAAUUCUACAUUGCACUUAUGCGAAGUUAGGCGAUGCCAAAGUUUCAAUAGUAGGAUGGGAUAAGAGACAAAUUCGCUAGAAAACAGGCUAAAGCGAAUCCUAGUUCUCGAUGUCUCGUAUGCAUAUAAGCGUUAUUGUGCGCUUCUUACGAGUAACGUACGCAUGAGGCCCUGGUCGAGAUUGAACGUGUUCUGAAAUUGAUUCCGCUUCUCAUAAAUGAGCAGAGUCGAAACAAACUGUCUCUCCGUAGACUCCGUGAGUAAUUCCACAGAAUGUUGAAUUUACCUCCUCAGGCAAGUUGAGAGCGAUUCUUUUUCCAUGGUAGGUGGAAAAGUCUCGAUUUAUAAACUUUUUAAGUCCUUAACAAUAUAAUCAGAUAUUGUUGACAAGACUGCAAGCUUUGUUGCAAGAAAUGGUAAGUAUCUUUUGCAGGGUAUAUCCAUAAUGAUACUUGUAACUAAUAUUGAGUAACUAUUUUUUUUUUACUGGUGUUAAUUAAAGGGGUGGAUGGUACAUGUACUUAUAUUGUAUAAGGCUCUGAGUGACUCCUGUUGUAAUGUCAUAUUCUCCAUUAUUUACUAGCAGUUACAGAGAUUAGGCUGGGUAUAUUUUUAAGUAUUAUGCAGAUCAAACGAGGGUGUUAUCCACCUUGGCUUUUGGCUGCAUGAUAACAGCUUUGCAAAUCAGCUUAACCAUGAACUGAUUCAUCAUUAUUUUCCCCAUUCACACCAAAGCUUAAACAUGCUUAAAAGCUGUUUAGUUAUAUAUUAGACACGGUUUAAAAUUGUUUCCUUCAUAAAAGCUGAUUACUGACUUAAGUUAAUUGUGAAUGUAGUGCAAAUUACAAAACAUGUUGAAUUUCAUUUAAAUCCUGUGUAAAAACCUGUUUUCCAGUUUUCCAUGUACCGGUAUGUUCAGUGAUUUUGUUACAAAUAGUUAUGGUGAGUCCCAAUGAGUCCCAGUUAAAAAAAAAAAAAAAAAAAAAAAAANUCCUUCUCUUUUAAAGCAGAACAAAGGCUAAAAGCAAUAUGCAUCGUUAAACAACAGCCAUAAUAACUGCCACAGAAAUUACACGAACGGGCCAGAUAUUUUUACAAUUAAUACAUAUGUUCAGAUCAAUUGAUCGAUCGAUCAAUCAAUCUUUGCGUCAUGCAGGACACGUGCCAUGAGUUAUUUUGUGUCUUUGGGGAUUUUUAUAUGUCAGGGACGCAGGAUGCAGAGGAUCCAAAAUCACUGUAUAUUUUACAUUUCUUUUUGAAAAUCUGGUGUAAUGAAACAUGAUGUCAAAACAGCUAGGGUGCCAUGUUGCUGGCUUGAAAUGAGUUUGUGUCUGACUGGAUGUACCAUCGUAUAGGUGGUAUAUUAUUACUCUAAUCUUCAAACAAGAAAGAAUAAUAAGCGUACACAGCUGUACAAAAGUUACUGAAGUAUCCAACACCUGUCUUUUAAAAAGAUAACUUGUUUUAUGUUUUUAAUUUCUAUUAUUAGUGCUGUAGACUUUUGGUAAAGAAUAAUUAAAAGUGUUAUUUACUUUGUACAGACUGCAUCUUGAAGAAUAAGUGAUGAUUAUGUUUUUUUUUAGUAAUUGAAACUGUUAUCAGACAAUGUUAUUCGAACACAAUCUUGUGCUUGUGCCUUUAGGUCCAGAAUUUGAAUCAAGAAUCAGGCAAAAUGAAAUUAAUAAUCCAAAGUUUAACUUCCUAAAUCCUGGAGAUCCCUACCAUGCAUACUUCCAGCAAAAAGUUGCCGAUAUAAAAGAACAGGAUGGGAAAGGUGAGACCAACAGAAAUUUCACAGUAUAGUGUUGCACUAUCCCUGCUUUGUCUUGUGACAUUUACCAUAAUAACUAUUAAUUUUUUUAAUACUGUAAAUGAUACACAGCAUAGUGUACAUGUAUUUAUCAGAACUAGCCUGGACAGUUAUGUGUACUUUUAGCUAGCAAAAUAAUAUGUAUCUAUAUUAUUAAAAUAUGUAAGGCUGCUAUCAUGUUAACUUAUAAAGGUGUUUUGGACUACAUCUUACCGCUUUACAUGUACAAGUAUUGUUCUGAUGGUACUGUUGCGAUUAUAUUAAGAAAUUUGAAGUAAGUUGUGAACUUCCUUUAGUUGAUACAGUGUACAUGGCAUGUGGUUUUAAACAGAUGUUACAUGUUAAUGUGGUCAGGUUUGAAACUUCCUGUUCUUACUGUUUUAUCAAUCCAGCUGUUGGACUUGACCAGAAAAUCAAAUACCCAAUAAAUUUGUAAGUUUUCUUUUUUUCCAAGAUCCAUACAGGAAAGGAACAGGCUGCCAAGACAAGUAGCAUUGGCAAAACCCCUUAAAUCUUCCAUGGAAGCUGUACAUGUAUUAAAAAGAUUCAUUGUUAUAUAGCUGGAAGUUUUUUCCCAACAGCGCAUGCUCUCAUUGGUUACUUUGAGGUCACACGACAUCUUACAAUGAGACUGUUUCCUAUUAAAAUCUCUGAGCAGGCAACAUUGCAAAAUCUGUGACGUCAGAGGGUAACAGUGCACUGUAGCUCACAAAUGUUGACAGUCAAUGGCCAUUGCAGCAAGGUUUCCAGCUUCAAAAUUUCCAGCUAUAUAACAUUAAUCACUUUUAAUUAAUCACAUUAAUCACUGGUCUCUCGGGAAACAGUUUAUUUUUUAAUUUUAUUUUAGUUUAUUUUUUUCCCUGGAAUCCCAAAUACCAAAGAUUGGUAUUCAAGUUGGCGGGUUAAUACAACAAGUUGGUGGGGAAAUCAACGGCUAGGGAUUUCUUUUGGUUCUAUGUUUUUGUUUAUUUUUCUAGGGAAGUAGCUGGGGGCCUCAUUCAUAGUAGCAAGGGGAAAUCCCCAGCCCCUGGCUCUUAGUGACAGCCAUUAUGGUAAAUAAAUAAAUAAAAUUAAUAAAUAAAGAAGUAUUCUUUUGUGGUCCAGAUAAUUAUACAAUGUAUAUUUAUGAUUUGUUUUCAGCUCAAGAGCUUAUUCCAACAGCUCCAGCUCCUCAAAAGGUUAGGAUUUACAAUGUACUUGUACAUGUUGUAGGUCAAAUUUGAUUUCAGUUUAGUUUUGAUUUAACUUACAAAAUUAUUGUGGUUUGAUUCUCAAUUCCUUUGCCUCCUGGCACUAGGAGAUAAAGGCAAUUGGCUAGAUCAACCUAGGUUAAAGCAAAAUCAACGUGAAAUUUGACCUACAAGCGAUGAAAGUUAUAAUUGUCUGUAUUAAAUUAAUCAUGAUUUGUUGCUUUCAUCUCAGCCAAAACCUUUGAUGCAACAAACUCCAGUAACUAUUGCUGAACCGCCUGUACCCAAAGAGCCUCCCCCAGAGUUUGAGUUCCUGGCUGAUCCACCUACCAUAUCUGCACUAGACCUGUAUGUAUUCUAAAAUAAAGUUAAGAUUUAUCAUUAUCAGCUUCAAUACAUAGCCACCUGGCAAGAUACCAUUAUUUAGGAUCUUGGAGUUGAAAUUUUUUAUCCUAAUUAAAAGGACAUCCUUUCCCUAAUGACUAUAGACAACAUCCGUAAUAAACAUUACAUAACAUUCCUUGUUAGUUAAUCUAGUGGAAACUUCCCAUGGUCAUUUCAUUUUAGUGCAUACAUGUGUGUAGCGAAAUGGUAAACAGGUCAGCGUGAACUAUUGAGUUAUGUGUGUACAAGAGAGUUUGCUAGGCAAGAUGAAAGAAGUGUAGGAAACAUAUGAAGAGAUAGCUAAGUGUGACUCUAGCUUUUUGAAUGCUUAGCAAUCCUCUCAAGUGUAGCUGUACAGUGACUCAAUAGUAGCUGCUGAGCUGUGUACCAUUUGUUAGAUAGUAAACUCAAAAUAUACAUGAUUGUACCCCUACCUUUUGCAAAAGAAAACAAUAUUUUAGGAUUUUGUAAAAUAAUGCAACUGUUGCUUUCUAGUUUUAGUAAGAAGUACACUCUAGUUUCUAUGAUUUGAGUUGUUCUGUGAACUUGUGUAGGAACAUUGUUAAGCUGACAGCACAGUUUGUGGCAAGAAAUGGGCGUCAGUUUUUAACCAAUCUUAUGAACAGAGAACAGGUACGUGUAGACUUCAGUACAUUGUAGUAUCAUUGGAGUAAAGCUUUUGUUUGUACAAAUAAUUACACAGAAUAGACCCUCCCAUGUCUAGCCAUCUUGACCAAAUAAACUUCGUCAAAAACGUAUUUGUAAUAUGGCCACCCCUUGGAAAUAUAAUUUUUUUGACGGACUUAAGUAGAAAAUUCCAUGCCCUAGGCAAGGUGGCCUAAAUGUGUCUUGCCUACACUAGUAGCUAAUCAGGACACAUGAUUUGCUUUAUCUUGCUCCCUCAUAAAAGCAACCAUAAUAAUAAGAAUAAACAACUGAAAAUAUGAUUUAUCAUGCUGUUUAAUAGUAGCAUUUGUAGCAGCAAGUGGCAAGUUUUGUAACCUGAAGUGGACUUACUUUGCAUAUCCUUUGUUUUGUUUUUUUUUCGUAAUAUUUUAACUGACUGUUGGAUUUUGUUUUUAUAGCGGAACUAUCAGUUUGACUUCUUACGUCCCCAGCACAGUCUGUUCAACUACUUCACCAAACUUGUAGAACAGUACACAAAGGUGAGACCUCAAGUAUACAAAACAGUGAACUGUUACAAUGCAAUACAUAUGUAGCUCUAGUAAGUAUGGUAACAGCUACAUUGUGUGUGCACUUUUGACUUGAUGUUUAUUUUAGUAAGCCAAGAAUGUAUUCUACACCACACAAACCGGAAGUGUGCCAAACUUGAAUUAUGACAUUGUGUAGCAUCUCCUCAGAUACAAUGUAACUUAAGAUGUCUUGCUAGUACGGGCAACCCUUUGUAUGUACAUGUAAGUUAUUAAUGUAAAAUUCAGCCCAGCCUGUUAUUAAGGUUCAGAAGCCAUUGAUUGAUUUAUCUGCCUUUAUGACUUAUGAUCCCUGGCUGCUUAGUUAUAUGUGGAAAUAUUUUAACAUUAAUCAAAGCAGAACAUUCCAAAUCCCAAACUACUUUUCCCACUCUUCCUUUUGCAUGUACACGUAUGUACUUCAAUGUAAUAGAAAGUGUGCUACACUUUCUGGCAGAGUUCCAGUGUCUUUAUUUUUUUUUUCCAUUUGUUCUUUUUGUUUUCUUUUAUGACAUCACCUGUUUUGUUUUACUAGGUUCUGAUUCCACCAAGUGAUGUAAAAGAAAAGUUGCUAAAAGAUGCAAACAAACCUAAAGAGGUGCAUACAACUGCAUAAUUACAUGUAUAUUGUGUAUUAGAAGCAAUUGCAUCCAUGAGCAUUUUUUUUAAAGUUUUUACAAUAAUUAUUGUUUAUAAAAUGUUCAUUUUUAUUGUUUGUCUCGUGAUAGUCAAAAAUAUUUCUUGAUCGCGAUUUAAUGCGUACUGCAAGUCUUCAUCAAGCAACGGUGUCUAUUUACUUAGAAGGGUGUUCAUUAGGCAUUCGAGAUCUGAGAAUUCACCAUUUACUAUGCAGAAUUCUCUGGCUAACAUUCAGUAGCGUAUGACUAUUUUUAUUUAGACGUGGAGCCUCUUUCAAAGUAUUCUCCUGUUAUGUUACACCUUUCGCCUGCUACAAGAAUUUUUAAUAAAAACCCUGACUGAGUAGGACUGUUUGUACAAAUUGUUUGUUAAAGGAAAUGAGUGGUGGCAUUUCCCAUUGUUAUUGUAGAUCUUGGAUCGUGUCAUGUACCGAGUGGAGUGGAUACGUCAUCAGGAAAGAGAAAGGAAAAAGCUGGAGGAUGAAAAAGAAAAGGAAAGAGGUCAGUUUACUUACUUUGAUAAGACAAUUUAGCAACAGAAUGGGAAUGUAAGUUGACGACAGCACACGCAAGUGAAAUAAAACUGGCUUGACCAAUGGCAGAGUGACAAAUUGAGCACUGGAAGUCACAUUUAGUCUUUUCCAAACACUUAACUGUCUUAAACUGACAUUCCCUGUAGCUAAAUCAGCGUAAUAUUGAUCAUGAUUCAUGAAUCAAAUUCAUUUGUUCACACUGUAACUAUAGUUUAUUUAGCAUCCUCACCUCCACUUGUAGCACAGCCAUGAUUUACAGCAUCUUUCAUUUACAUGUACAAACUGUGAGUUUUAAUUCUGGUGCCCAUCUCAUGGGCACUGGAAUUAAAGAGAUAUCCAGUUUUUCCUCGGUGACAUGAAAAUUAUGGACAGGCUUGGAAAGUUGAAUGCAUGCACUAGAGUCUUGCAUCUGCUGCAGUUUAUGUAACAAAAUGCAUGCAACAUUUGCAUGGUAUGAUUUUGUUAAUUCAAGUCUUACAUGUACAACUGAUAUUUGUUUUUUUCUUUUUUGUUGCAGUUGCAUUUGCCUCAGUGGACUGGCAUGACUUUGUUGUUGUGGAAACAGUGGACUUCAAAGACAGUGAAACAGGUAAAACCAUCAUAAAUCAUGAUAUACCAUGUGAUAUGUGGAAUGGUGAGAUCCACAUUACAAGCACUUAGAAGUGUGCUGAUAAAGGCAAGGUGUUUACAGUCUUUUAUUGACUGCACUGAACAACACAUAAUACAACCAUCUGUGACCGUUGAUUAGGCUAAAUUUCACCUUGGACGUGAUUUCAGCUGACUUUGUUACAAAGGAGAAAAAUAAGGGUGCACUCUGCAGUGUAGGUAGGGAAGCAUAAGGCUCUUUGGAAUACUUUGACAUGAGGAGGACUGAAAUAGUAUUGAAUUUUUAGCAAUAAUUUUAUUUUGACUUGAUUUGUUUCUGUAGCACCAUGAUUACUGUUUAUCUAUUUUUUGAGAUAAAGAGAUUUCAUUAUAUUCUUGAUACUCAAAAAAAUGUACAUUGUGAACUGUAUUUGCAUCCUACUCAUCUGAUUCCGUAGUUAAGAAAUUAAAAGUCCAUGUGAUUGUUUUCUUUAGCUAACUUACCACCACCAGUGAGCAAAGAACAGCUUGGAGCAAGAAUAUUAGCACAAGAGAGAUAUGAGCAGAUUCAGGUAAUAGCAGAUUGCAGAGUCACCUAUCCCUAUCAAAAGCCCUUGCUGAGAGAUGUUAUUUAUUUAUAUAUUUUAUUUGUCUAUACUUGGAAUGAUUUUAUGUACCAUGCAAUCUGCAACUUUCCAAAGUAUACAUGUACUUUAAACUUGCCACAAGUCGACCUUAUGAGAUUCACAGCAGAAUAGCUGUAAAGUAUGCUGAGAAAGAUUUUAGGCUGUUUCACAUACUCGGCCUUGCCACAUACUCUUCGAGCGUAGAUAAGAAGAAGAUAAUUCAAUUUUUGUUUAUUUCACACAUACCUGCACUCGGUGUUUAGUACAUAUAAUUUCCUGAAAUUAAUUUUAGUUUCAUGUACGUAGUUACACUUCAGUUCCAGUUCUGUUAUACCGUUAAUCAGAUCAUUUAUAGAUUCUCUCUCAUUCUUUUUCUUCUUUUUUUGGUAUUUUUUAGAUUAACGUCCAGGCCCCAGUUGUUCAAUAUCCACCGGAUAAAUCACUGUCCACUUGAUAACGUAGUAAUAUUGGUCUCCUCAGCACUUAUCCGCUGGAUAGGGAUUUAUCGGGUGGAUAGCGCUAUCCAACUUUCGAACAACAGGUGCCAGACGUAAUAAUCAGGCCCCAGUUGUUCAAAAAAUGGAUAGCGCUAUCCAGCGGAUAAAUCUCUAUCCAGUGGAUAGUGCAAUCGGUUUCCCUAAUACUUAUCCACUGGAUAGAGAUUUAUCCGGUGGAUAGCGCUAUCCAGCUUUCGAACAACUGGGGCCAGGAGAAUAUAUAUAUUUUUUAUAAUUUAUGUGAUAAAUACAUGUAAGUCACAAAAAUUAGUAUUUCAAUGAGUGAAUCGAUUAUUUUAUAUAAUAGGAGGAAGGAGGCGCCCCUGAGGAUAUGGAAGUUAACAUGGAUGUAGAGAUGGAAGUUGAUGAACCGGAACCCCCAGUCCUCUCCAUUCCACCACCACCACCUCCCCCCAAGGAUUCAAUUGCAGUAAGUCACCUUAGCCGUUUAGGGACUCUAGCUUUAGAAUGACAGUGUUACGAACAGCACACGAGUUGCAUUAUCUUAGUUAGUGUUUGAGGAAAACUGCUACACAAACCUUUUACUUAACUCUGUAGGAGGAAAACAGGCCUCUGUAACUUGGUGAUUAGGUGGAGAAACUGAUUCGUUAACGUGCAUUCCUCUGGGUCCAGAUUAUUUUUUAAAACAACCCUUUCACUCCCUUGAAUGGCAAGAAACAUGGAUGGACACUUUUUGGAAAAGUUCGAAAACUCUUCAUGGAAAACUGCGUAAAAAUAAUCAUAAAGAAAGGAAGAAACGAGUACAGUCCACUCCCUAUAACUCAAACCUUCAAGGGAAAUUAAAAAUAAGCGAAUUUAGACAAAUGAGAUGGAGUACGAAUGAAAUUAUCAUGCAAUAAUUGACGUGGGUUUGAUAUAUCGAAGGCAGAAACGCAGGAAAGAUUACAGCUGUGACAUGUAUUUGUCGGCGCAUGCCCUGUCGUAUCUUUGGUGGUUCAAUGUUAUUUUUUUUUUCGUGUCCAUUUUGCAGAAGGAUACAGACCUAAGCGAGGUACCUCUUCCGCCUGCCCCGUCUGAGCCCGGCCCCAAACCACCCUUACCUCCCACAGCCCCUGGAGCAAACAUCCAGAUCCGACGAGGCUACGACNCUUUCGACCAACAGGAGCCAGACGAAAAAAUGAGGACAACAUAUUUUUUUUAUAAUUUAUGUGAUAAAUACAUGGAAGUCACAAAAAUUAGUAUUUCAAUGAGUGAAUCGAUUAUUUUAUUUAACAGGAGGAAGGAGGCGCCCCUGAGGAUAUGGAAGUUAACAUGGAUGUAGAGAUGGAAGUUGAUGAACCGGAGCCCCCAGUCCUCUCCAUUCCACCACCACCACCUCCCCCCAAGGAUUCAAUUGCAGUAAGUCACCUUAGCCGUUUAGGAAAUCUUGCAGCUUUAGAAUGAUAGUGUUACGAACAGCACACGAGUUGCAGAAUACCUUAGUGUUUUAAUGUGUUUGAGGAAAACUGCUACACAAACCUUUUACUCAACUCUGUAGGAGGAAAACAAGGCUCUGUAACUUGGUGAUUAGGUGGAGAAACUGAUUCGUUAACGUGCAUUCCUCUGAGUCCAGAUUAUUUUUUAAAACAACCUUUACUCCCUUGAAUGGCAAGAAACAUGGAUGGACACUUUUUGGAAAAGUUCGAAAACUGUUCAUGGAAAACUGCGUAAAAAUAAUCAUAAAGAAAGGAAGAAAACGAGUACCGUCCACUCCCGAUAACUCAACCUUCAAGGAAAAUUAAAAAUAAGCGAAUUUAAACAAAUGAGAUGGAGUAGGGAUGAAAUUAUCAUGCAAUAAUUGACGUGGGUUUGAUAUAUCGAAGGCAGAAACGCAGGAAAGAUUACAGCUGUGACAUGUAUUUGUCUGCGCAUGCCCUGUCGUAUCUUUGGUGCUUGAAUGUUAUUUUUUCAUGUCCAUUUUGCAGAAGGAUACAGACCUAAGCGAGGUACCUCUUCCGCCUGCCCCGUCUGAGCCCGGCCCCAAACCACCCUUACCUCCCACAGCCCCUGGAGCAAACAUCCAGAUCCGACGAGGCUACGACCCCAAGGCACCGAAAGCGGCUCCAGCUGUUGUGCCCUCUGACAAAUUCCUCAUCUCUCCCAUCACCGGCGAGCGUGUGCCGGCUGAGAGUAUGGCUGAACAUAUGAAGAUCAGUCUGCUGGAUCCACGAUGGAGAGAACAGCGCGAUCGAGUGUUACAGGAGAAGAAAGAACAGGAGCAGGUCUUCGCUGAGGGUAAGAUUUCCAAACAUUAAAAUAACUGCUUUAAACAUUAAAAAGAAGAUAUAAAUAACACAGCAAAUAAAAAGGGAGGCGCGGAUGGACAGAAACGGAUUGCGAUGGGUUUUUUUGGUAUAAUGCUUAGGAUCAACGUUUUUUUUUACUCGAAGCUCAGAUAUAUAUAGUCAUUUACAAGUAAUUUCUCAAGUUCUAUAGCGAAUAAGGACGCGAAAUUGGAAUUAUUAGGCUGAUUUAACAACAGAACGGGAACGUCAGUUGACGACGGUGCGCGCAAAUCAAACAACUGGCUUGACCAAUGGUAGAACGACAAAUUGGGCACCGGAAUUCGAGUUUAGUCCUUUCCGCGCGCUUUCCCGUCGUCAAAUGACGUUCCCGAUAAAAUGAUGUCGACAGCCGUGACGUCACAGCCCCUUUGAAGACUGAGGUCACCGUAUAACCAGUGGACACUUUGUUGGCCGCUUAUUAGAGGUUCGACUAUAGUUCGCUCUUGAUGAAGUCAGGUUCAAUUUAUUGAGAAAAGACUGGGAAAAAAGUUUCUGUUGCUGUUGCAAUUGUUGUAUUACAGGAAUGUCUAUUGGAAGCAGUCUGAAGCAGCUGGCUGAGCGUCGUACGGAUAUCUUCGGUGCUGGAGACGAAGAGACGGUGAUUGGUAAGAAGAUCGGCGAAGAAGAUACCCGUAAACCAGAGAAAGUGACGUGGGAUGGUCACACAGCCUCCAUGGCUGCUACCUCUCGCUUGGCUCAACAAGGCGUCACUUUAGAGCAACAGAUUGAGGCUAUUCACAAAUCCAAAGGACUGACGUGAGUGACGUGCUGAUCAAAUGUUCUGAACACAUGAGCCCCGGUCAGGCAUUCUCAACAUACAUGUAGUCUUUAUCGUUGGAAACUGGAGGGUACCUUUUCGGGCAAAAUCGUUGCAGGCAAUACAUGUUUAAAUGAGAAAGCGAAAGCCAUCGGUUACUCACUGUACACCUACCAAACCAGUCCAGAAGCAUUUGAAUUCCCUUUUUCCUGAUUAUUAUUGGUCAAAAGAAAAAAAUGAUUUCUGGCCAACCAUAGGCGUUAAUUCAAAUGCUUCGUUCUGGAACCGCUUUGACCAGAGGUACUGGCAAGGACCCCCUUCUUCUUUGAAACUUUUUCAGUGAAUGCUCCUUCUCGGUUAGCGUUUCUUGGCUCUCGAGGAUGUGCAGUGUCAACAUUGGCACUUUACAGCGAAAAUGCUGAGACAAUGUUGGGAGAGUUCGCCUUAAGCAUAGUGGAGUCACCUAAUUUAGCCAACUUCAGCGGCCAUUAGGAACUGUCAACCAAAUCUUAAACGGUGCCGGAAGUUCAUGGGGGUUUUAAAACUAUUUCGCCAGUCAGUAUUUUAGAGUUCAUCGCUCUUUUUUUUUGGAACUUUGUCUUAUGAGGACUAUUAAAGUAACCAGACAUACUACGUUGAUUCAAAGCUGCGAGGAAUAGGCCAGUUUCACACGUAGCCAAGGCUGAGGGGUAUAAAACAAAAGACAUCGCGUUGAGAAUCAGGGAUGAACAAUUCAUUUCUUUUCUCUUAUUCCCCUCAGCCUCGGAGCUAAGUAUGAAUGUCAAUAAUUCGAAACUGGCGUAUUAAAUUUUCAUUGCUAACCAGUAAUUGGUAAAACUAACCUGGUUAGUUUACCAAUCACUGGUCAACAGAAUGAGCUAAACCUGCCUGAAGAAGCGCGCUUACUUGGAUAUGAGAAGUGCAAAUAUAAUAUCCGCUCAAAACUUCAAAUCAUGCUCGUUAAAUCCCUUUAACCUACCCCACUUUUACGGCUAACGAAGACCAUUUGGCCAUAGGGACUUCUAUGUAAAGGGUUCUUUGCCCAUUUUCUCUUUUGUUAGACCGAAAGGUGCUCACUUGAAACUUAAUUUUCGCUGUUGCUUUCCAGGUCAUCAGAAGAGAGAGAACGAAUCGGUCCGAAAGUUCCCGACCACGAAAAACCGGAAACAAACCGACCGCCGACUACAGCCAUCCCACCCCCUCCCUCUAUGAGUACAAAACCUAUAACGUCAGCACCACCUCCUCCCCCCUUGUCAACGAUGAUGAAUUUGCCGCCGCCUCCACCCAUCCUUCCACCUGGUGGUCCUCCACGGUUUAUGGGUAAGUUAUUGUAUAUUCUGACGGUGCUAAGAAAGUAUAAACACGGCAAAUCGACAAACGGACGGCUAAGGUGUGUCCAGCACUGAGUGGCAUAACAAAUUGGCUAUUUUCAGUUUGCCCAGACUGCGUCGCGGUGGCUGUAUUAAAUGCACUUCAGAACUGUUUUAAGGACGCUAUCGCCUCGUUUAUUGGCUGUUACAAAGUUGGGCUGCAAGCUGGGUCAAACCAAUGCCACAGAGCAAUCUGAUAUAGCUCCGACCCAGUCCCACUAGAAACCUUACAUACCUCGCUCUUAUUUAUUUAUUUACUUUUUGGCCGAGAUAACGCAUAUUAUUUUCUGUGUAAUCAGAGGCCAUGUUUUAUUUUGAAAGCGAAGUAAGGUUGUGGGAGUGGAAAGUGCAAUCAAUAGGUUAGUAUAAGACUGACAGGGCGAUGUUAGUGGGGCUCACAACCCAGGCAAGUUUUAGGAUCCGCACCUGGAGUGUGCCUCAUUUAGUGCCUGUACCAGAAGAGAUAAAUGUCCAAAACAUAGCGAAGCUCUUGGAACAAUUCAUGUCUCGUUAGAUAGGACUUGAAACCUCUUUUUUUCAUUUUUCAAGCGAACACUUCAGAAAAGUAAGUAUUGUCCUAGUCUGAAAUGUCAGCUGUCUCCUCGCAUGGAGACCUCGCAGGGAGGAGACGGCUGACAUGUCAGACUAGUGUAGCCCUCCAGCUCAUCUAAACGUGUAUCUUUUUUAUCCUCAGGAAUACCGCCCCCGCCACCCCCGGGUGGUCUCCCAAGGAUGCCACCCCCUAUGUUUGUGAACCCGAACCCCCCUGUUGCUCCCCCCAUGCCAAACAAACGGGACGCAGAAGGAGAAGAUAUGGGUGGUAAGAAGUCCAGAGCUGAACCUGCUGAAGCAAAUCUUAUCCCUGAAGAUGUCUUCCUCUCUUCCAACCCAGGCCAAGUCACCUUUGGUGUCCAGAUUCCUCUCAUGCCAGACAAGGCCGAGUGGAAACUGGAUGGCAACACCAUUAGGCUCACCUUGCCUCUUACAGACCAGGUAAGAAUCGAACUUGUGUCGAGCUUUUUUAUCUCGGCAAUGUGUGUUGCGUGGUAAAUAUGGCUCCUUAGUUGUGCAAAGUCCAGUUUUAUGGGACUUCGGUGUUUAGAUGGUCCCUUCAAAAAAACCCAGACUGCUUCUAUUACGUGAAUUGCAAUACUGUACAAUUUGGAUUUAGAAGGCGAAAGGGUUCUCUUCUUUUGUAUUGCCGAGAAAAAAAUGUUUGUAAUUAUGCAGUAGUUUGGCGCAGAGAUUAUUUCAUGGUAAACCAGGAGAUAAUUUUUCAUGUUUCAGUUGCUUUCAUUUAUGCAUAAAGAACUUUAUUUCCGUUUGCUGCGGACAAUUUCGAUAUGAUGUUAUGUGUAGUACAAUAUGUCUGUUGAAGGCGCUAGAGAUCAGGGGACGGACGGCUCGAGAAAUUUCUUAAGUAACUUAUUAACGCACUACUUAAAACGUCGUAUCUUUUAAACACAAAGCAGUCAAAUCUUUCAUAACGGCCUUCUUGAGGACAGAGAUAGGUGCCCCCGUUGUUAAAAGGUGUAAACAAGUGUUGAUAUAUUCGACGGGGCCAAAAAGACGUGGUUGUUACCGAAAGGUAGCUUUUGUAGAGAGGUGUCCGAGCAGAGGAUCGCUACUUUGAGAGGAUCGCUGCUUUCGGGGUGGCCAUUACUUUUGAGAAUCUACGCUUUUUGUUGCCAAAACUAACUUUUAAUCGGUAUAAUAUUUACUUUUGUAAUAAUACACUAGUCAUGUACGUUUUUUUAUGUAGGAUGUUCGGUCACCAUUGCCGAGAAUAGUUUUGAUGUUAUUUUCAUGAAUGGCCAUUUUUUGUCUUCACAGGUUUCUGUCAUUAAGGCAAAACUUCACGAGAUAACAGGAAUGCCGGCUGGCAAACAAAAACUUCAGCUCGGGGUAAGAAAAUCAAUGAAAAUUUGAUUCUCGACUUUAAACUACACAGUAAGUAGGGUUUAAGGGUCAUCAAGUGUCUUGGGAAACUGCUCAGAUUAUCGGCCAUGUUCAUGUGGGUUGAUUGAAGAAAAACUACGCCUUUUCCUCGCAAAUUAUUAACACAAUUGUCCGUUUUGUUUUACAGGGUAUCUUCAUCAAAGACUCCAACUCAUUGGCUUAUUAUAACGUCACCCCUGCCAGCAUAGUACAACUACAACUUAAAGAACGUGGAGGAAGGAAGAAGUGAUUGAAGCAAACUGCCACAACUUGUGCUUAACUUGCCCGCAUUUUGUUCAACUAAAACACUGGAAUGUUUGUUCUUAUCAGUUUUCGUGUGAAAAAACCUAGGCAUUGUUACAGUAAGAAGUCUUUUACUGCGGUUAGUUUCUUGUGCAAGGAAAAUCUUUUAAUGUAAACUCUUUCGAUGGUGUGAUGACAGCCUUCAGUUCAGGCUGCCCUCUAAUUUCUCCCAUUAUCCUUCGAUCGUCCAAGAAGGCAAGAAAACUCAAUCCCCUUCGCAGCGUCGUCCUGCGAGAGAGGAAAAGGAGUAGAUGAGGAGGGACCCUUUAGGGAUCAUGAGGUUGAGGAGAACUGAGCGCAAGUACUUAAGUGGAGGGCUAGAGGGUGUGAUGGAACAAUCGUUCUCUCCUCGUCAUUUCUCCUGACCUUCCGCAGUACGCGCGUUUGCUUUUCUUUCGCGCGAUCUCUCGAAUUGAGUAGUGAGGGACUGUACUGCCUGAAACUGGAAUCGUGUUUAAUGUUUUAGUGCCGCUUUUACGACUUAUAUUAUCUUUUGUAAUGUCUAUUGUAUUAAAUGUGACUCGUAAAUCUCUGUUAUACUGUAAAUCGUGGUAGAGCUUUUUAUUAAAGGCUUGGAAUAUAGUGAAC